GUCCUGAUUCAGGUAUCCCUAAAGAGGCGCAUUCUUCCAACGGAACUCUACACAACACCUCGUUUCGACCAAGAACACUGGAAAAGCGCCCGUGGCUUUGUAUUUGACUGAAGGGAGGAACCAAAGGGAAAGAAAAAGAAAUUCGCAAGGAGAUGGCAUCCUUCAUCACAACCAUGUCUGUCCCCAUCCUUUCUGUUACUGCUUCGUCCGAUGUUGGACAGCCUGCCCCGCCAUCCUCAUCUUCUCCCCAACCUUCGCUCCCCUCCUCUCCGUCCAUCACCUCCCCUUCAGUCUGCUAUGGCACUGUCCAGACUUCCCCUGGCCCCUUCUCUGAGCCCCCCUCAUAUCUAUCCCCGGCAGUACGCGCCCUGAAAUAUGAUCCCGCUGGACUGACACCUCCCAGCAACGCUCGGACCCGAGCUCCCUUCAAGCCGCGGUCGGCAGCCAAGGGCACCACUAGCUAUCAACUGAGACAGUUCGCAGAAGCAACCCUGGGAAGUGGAAGCUUGCGGAAGGCCGUGAAGCUUCCAGAAGGCGAGGAUUUAAACGAGUGGCUUGCAGUCAAUGUGGUCGACUUCUACAACCAAAUCAACUUGCUCUAUGGCGCGAUCACAGAAUUCUGUUCUCCGCAAUCAUGUCCGGAAAUGAAGGCAACUGAUGAAUUCGAAUAUCUCUGGCAAGAUUCGGAAAAUUACAAGCGACCGACGAAGAUGUCGGCCCCAGAAUAUAUCGAACAUCUGAUGAGUUGGGUACAAAGCAGUAUCGACAACGAACAGAUUUUCCCCAGCAGGCUUGGCGUCCCCUUCCCCAAGGUGUUCCCGAGCCUCGUGCGCCAGAUCUUUAAGCGAAUGUAUCGCGUAUAUGCGCACAUUUACUGCCACCACUACCCGGUUGUGGUCCAUCUCGGACUGGAGCCUCAUCUUAACACCAGCUUCAAGCAUUACGUGCUCUUCAUUGACGAGCACCGUCUGGCCAGCGGGAAGGAUUUCUGGGGUCCGUUGGGAGAUCUUGUGGAUAGCAUGCUGCGCAGUGACUAGAGAUGAGAUCGGUCGAAGGGCUAGACGACCAUGAAGAAAGAGGUUGAGAGGAUGGCGUUUCGGGUGUUGGCAUUCGGGAGGGCGCAUUUCACUCGUAGAGGCAGUCUGGCGUUACAUAGCGUGUGCGACUGUAUUUUGCAUUUUGAAAACGAAUAAAGGCAUGAAGACUGGAGGAUUGUUCCCAAAUAUAGCACCGCAAUCACG